UGUCUUAUCUUUAAUGUUUAUGUUUUUGUGUGUGUCGGUCUGAUUUUCUCAUCGUUUUCUUUUUUCCAUAACUUCAUCUCUUUGAAUGUGUAAACUUUGAUGCAAGUUGUUCCAUCAAAGGCCGGUUCAUCUGUACUCCGAUUUUACCCGUACUUCCUGGUCCGCCUGGUCUCGCUGCGUAGGUCAGACACGCGGCUAUUUUGACAGUUUCGUUGGUUUUCUCUUUCUUGAUUCUUUUUAUUGUUGGAUGUUUUUCAGAAUUGUUUGGUUUUUUAAAUGGAUUUGACUGAGGGAAGCAGAGUGUUUCUAAAUGAUCCAAUUAAGCUGAAAAACUACAUAAAUAAAGAAGUGAAGGUGUUCACAAAAGGAAACCAAACAUUUCAAGGCAGCGUUUACACAAUUGACCCAGUAACUGAAAGCAUUGUGCUUACAAAAAAAGACACAACGGGUUGCGUUUCAUUGGACUUAGUGCUCGGCCAUGUCAUUACGGGCAUGGAGAUAGUUGGGAACGCCGAGGCUGAGGAGCUGUUCAAGUGUAAAGAUACGAGCAAAAUUAAUGAAGAGGUUAAAAAUAAUCUAAAAUCAUGGUUGGAGAGCAACCUCAUUCCGAUUGAAGACGACGGUGUCAAUCUAAAAUGUUGCUCAGUGCUGACGAUCACACCUCCGUAUAGUUGGGAGUCCUGUCUCUGCACCAAUGAAAUAGUUCUCUGCCGCAUUCAACAAAUAAUAAAAGCUAUGCCCGAAAAAUUGAAUAAUUGACAAUUUAUUAAUGAUAACACCAUUUUGUAAAUAAAUCGUUAUUUAAUGUAUUUAAAUAAAUAAUUCAAAAUAAUAAAAAAAUCACAAA